UUAUUAUUCUUUUUUUUUUUGACUAUCAGUUAUCGAUGUCUGCUCAACAACCCAAAGACGAUCAAGAAGCCAAGAUCAUUCAGCAAGAAGGUCUCAAGGCCCAACUUGCUCAGUCUGUAGAAGCUCAAGCCCUUAAGGUCCGUCAAUUGAAGGCUGACAAGGCUGACAAGACAGAGAUUGACAAGGAAGUAGAAGCCUUACUUAGUCUCAAGAAAGAAUUGGCUCUUUUAGAAGGCGACAAGAAGGCUGACAGUGGUAAAAAAUCUACUAAGCCUGCCAAGACUAGUUUUACUUUAAAGACGGCCAAGGUAAACAAUACUCCCUCCCCCAUGAUGUUACUUAGAUUUGAAACAGGGUACCAAAGAUUACAAUGACAAAGAUAUGGCUAUUCGUGAAAAGGUCUUUAAUACUAUCACCAAAGUCUUCAAGAAACACGGUGCUGUCACUAUUGAUACACCUGUUUUUGAACUCAAGGAAAUCCUUGCUGGUAAAUACGGUGAAGACAGUAAAUUGAUUUAUGAUUUGGCCGACCAAGGUGGUGAAGAAUGCUCUUUGCGUUAUGAUUUGACAGUUCCUUUUGCUCGUUUCUUGGCCAUGAAUGGUAAAGAAUAUCCCAACAUUAAGCGUUAUCAAAUCGCCAAAGUAUAUCGCCGUGACCAACCUGCCAUGACCAAGGGUCGUAUGAGAGAAUUUUACCAAUGUGAUUUUGAUAUUGCUGGUACUUAUGAUGCCAUGAUCCCUGAUUCUGAAAUCCUUCGUAUUCUAUGUGAAGCCUUGACUGAUCUAGAUGUCGGUAAAUUCACGGUCAAGAUCAACCACCGUAAGAUUUUAGAUGGUAUUUUUGAAGUCUGUGGUGUUCCUGAAGCCAACAUUCGUCCUAUUUCUUCUGCUGUUGAUAAGCUUGAUAAAUUACCUUGGGCUGAUGUCAAGAAAGAAAUGGUGGAAGAAAAGGGUCUGGCUGUCGAAUCUGCUGACAAGAUUGGUGAAUAUGUCAAGCACAAAGGAGGUCGUGAUCUUUUAGAGAUGCUGAAGAAAGAUACUGUCUUGAUGGCCAAUGCCAAUGCUGCUGCUGGUCUCAAGGAUAUGGAAACCUUGUUUGAUUAUUUAGAAAUCUUUGAUGUAAUGGAUUUGAUGUCCUUUGAUCUCAGUUUAGCCAGAGGUUUAGAUUAUUAUACGGGCAUUAUUUAUGAAGCCGUGACAGAGAAAUCUGCACCUCCUCAACUUGCUGAGGGUGUGAAGCCUAAAAAGAAGGAAGGUACAGAUGAACUAGAUGAAUCUACUGUUGGUGUGGGUUCGAUUGCUGCUGGUGGUCGCUAUGACAACCUGGUGGGUAUGUUCUCUGGUAAGAACAAGAAGGGUGUUCCUAACCUUCAAAUCCCUUGUGUGGGUGUCUCUAUUGGUGUUGAGCGUGUGUUUUCUAUUUUGAUGUCUAAACAAAAAUCAACCGAAAUCAAGAGUAAUGAGACUGAAGUCUAUGUUAUCUCUGUGGGUGAUGGUCUCUUAAAGGAACGUAUGGCUAUUGCUAAACAACUCUGGGAUGCUGGUGUCAAGGCUUCUUAUAUGUUCAAGAACAAACCUCGACUUGAUAAGCAAUUUGAUGUUUGUGAAAAAGAAAUGAUCCCAUUGGCUGUCAUUAUUGGUAAAGACGAAUUAGAGCAUGGCCAAGUGCGUAUUAAGGACAUGAGAGCCAAGGAUGAAAGUCAAGGUGGUGGUAUGACUAUUGAACAGACUGAUAUGAUUCAGGAAAUUAAAUCCAGACUUGAACUAAUGAAAUAAACGUCAUACGCUCUCUAAAAUUUUUUUUUUUUUAUAUCUA